AUGUUCGGCGUGUUCAAGCACAAAUGGAUCACCCCACCCAAAACAGUGGACGAAGACUUCAGUGGACGGAACGUCAUCGUCACGGGAGCCACGUCUGGCAUUGGAAAAGAAGCAGCAUUCAAGUUCGCAGCCUUAGGCGCUACCAAGGUCAUCAUUGCCGCGCGAGACUUGCAGAAGGGCGAGAGGGUCAAGGCCGAGUUGGCUUCUCGUUUGGGUAGGAAUGAGCAGUUGGAAGUGUGGGCGUUGGACAUGAUGGAUUAUGCUAGUGUUGUGUCAUUCGCAAAGCGUACAGAACAGCUGGUCCAUCUCGAUAUCGUGGUUCUAAAUGCUGGCGUAAGAAGACGACCCUUUAUGCAGUCCAAGUAUGGAUGGGAAGAAGAUAUCCAAGUCAACACGUUGUCGACGACGCUGCUGGCCAUCUUGCUGAUACCGAAACUACGAGCAUCAAGACAGCAGACUGGUCGGAUACCCAUACUUGAGCUGGUCAAUUCCGGCCUACAUCAGAAGGCCGUAGUUCCCUCACAAGUACAAGCAGAAGCCAAGAUGCUCGAACAUUACAACAAGCAGGAGAAUUUCAAAGAAGGCAGCCAGUACAAGUUCUCCAAGGUCUUCCUCAUGUAUGCGACAAACAAGCUUGCCGAAGAAAUCAGCUCUGGAGACGUCAUUAUUACCAGCAUCUGUCCUGGCUGGGUCCAUAGCGAUCUCGGGCGUGACCACUUCUUCCCUGGGAUAUUUGUAUUGGCCUGCCUAUUCGUCUUGUUGUUCAUGCGAACACCGUCGCAAGGGGCCAAUACGAUACUGAGCGUGACUGCUCAGGGCGAGCGUGUGCACGGUAGAUUCUAUCAACAUGAUGUUGUCCAGCCCGUUGCACCGAGUCUUGCUGGGCCUGAGAUGAAGGCGCUAGGGUUGAGGAUAUGGAGAGAGGUGGUGGAAGCGCUCGAACGGGACGUGCCUGAAUUUGCAAUGGCGUUGGAUGCAGCCUUUUCUCAGAAAUGA